AUGGAACAAUAUCUAGAUAAACUUGAAACAUGGAUUCAAUCUGAGCAAAAAGUGAUAACAUAUCGUUUCCUUAGCAGAUAUAUGGGAAUUCAUGUUGAAGAUUCAAAACAAAUACUUUUUGAUUAUCAUAAAAAGUGCCAAGAAAGUGGCAAAAAGUGCCAUGCAAUUUACAUGAUAUCAGGGUAUAUGAAUGAAAGUAUUGUGAAUUCUGGGUUGGAUCGUUCUGAAAAGGUGGAAUCAUUACCUAGUAACUCUCAAGAUGAAAGUCGUAUAUGUUUGGAAUCAUCUACGGCAAAAAUGAAGGUUUUUUUUUUAGUAAAGGAAGAAGAUAUAGAAUAUAUAAAGAAAAAAUUUGAUGAAAUCACGUCAAUACAUGUUUAUUCACUUGAACUUGAUUUAUGUAAGGAUAGUUCUACCCUUUCAGACGCCUUUUUUGAUUCAUAUAAUUGCAUUAAAUAUGAUGAAAUUUUGUCUCCAGAAGAAAUGUCUAAAAAGUAUGGAAUUAUUCAUCAUAUGAAUGUGAAAGUAUUUCCUGCGGGUUUUCAGGCAUCAAAUAUAGAUAUUUCAUCUUCCAAAACUACAGGGAUUUUAUCUGAGAUAAAUUCUUCUCAAACUAUCAAUGCAUCUUCAGAUUCUAAGGAGAAGACACAGACGUCAAUGAUUCGUAGCUUUUUUGAUUGCUCGGGUCAUGGAACAAAAUCCACUCUUAAAUCAAAUAAAAACCCCCCUAAACCUAUUAAAAGAAAGUCGAGCUUUAUGGAUUCAUUUCUUAAUUUGGGUUCUAAUACAGAGUCGAAGCCUAGUUCUAUUUGUUCUUCAAAUUCUGUUCUUCCUGUAAAAAGUCUUUCAAAUCUUGAAAACAAAGAAAGUGAAGAGCUUAUUGUCAGAAGACAACAAGAAAUUAAUUUAUUGAUGGCAAUGAUGGAAAAUCAAGAAAAAGAUGAUACAAACAAGAGCAAAGAAAGUGUAUCAAAAGCUUAUAAUGUUGAUCCUAUUGUAAAAAAUGAGCAAGUAAAUUUAGAUAAAAAAAGACGAGGAAGAAGAAAAGUUUUAAAAAAAGUAACAAGUUGUGAUAAAAAGGGCUAUCUUGUUACAAAAAAUGAAUUUGUAUGGGAAUCUUUUUCAGAAGAUGAAACAGCAAUCCCUAUAAAAACAAAAUCAGAUACUGAAUUUAAAGAGGGACCAGAAAAAAAUAAUCCAAAAACAGGUGAAACAAAAAUUACUUUGUUUUUUUCGAAAAAAUGA